UUUCGUACAUAGUAGUUAGAGACGGAUUUCGUCUAAAACAGAGAAAAACAUUUGUAAUUGAGCAUUCAGUAGACGAAACAAGAGAAUCGUACUGCAAUUUGGAACAUAAUCUUCGUAGUCGACAUUACAAAGUAUAAGAAAAUAUAAAAAUACAUGAUACGAGAUACAGUUGAUCGUGUGUUUGUGAGAACAAGUGAUAUAAAGCUAGCGGUGGUUAUAAUUUAGUAAUAUAAAUGUUGCAUUAUACCUAAGAUAUAAUAAUAAUAAUAAGUACUGAAAAUUCUAACCUCGGUUUCCGUCGCCCUGGAUACUUCAAAUCGCCUCGAUGUUCAGGGAAAACUACCUAAUAAAAAGAUGAAAAAGCGUAAAGAACUGGACGCCUUGGUGCCAAACGGAAAGCUCUGUAAACGGGUAAAGAAAACGACCUCUUUCGGUUCGGCUUCUGCGCACGAACUUCUUGCGAAUUUUUCGGAUACAUCAGAUAUUGAGGAUUUUCCUGCUCUGCACUCGCAGAGAGUUGGUUGCCGAAAAGGCAGUCCAUUGGCUGCCUGCUUACCGUUGUGUCUCUUUAUACUGGUGUCGACAUCUGUUGUGACCGCCGGUACCUUAAUAUGGCUUCAUCUAGGACUGCGCCAAGAUUUGGAUCUACUCCGGAAUCAUCUUCAAAAAGUUGAAGCAGGUAACAAAAACACUCCAGAAGCUUUACAUUCCAUCCACUCUCAUCUUAAAAAGAUUGAGAAAAAUGUAUCCAUCCUAGGAACGGACUUUAAGAAGAUUGUUAAUGAUAUUUCCUCAUUAGAAAAACAGGUAGAACAACUAAAGCAAACCACUAACAGUUUGAAAGAGAGUAUAGCGGCAGCACCAGAAAUUAAAGAGCUUCCUAAAGAUGUUUCAUCUCUUUCAGAAAAUGUAGCUAGUUUUGGAAGCAGAAUUACUGCCAUGGAGGCCACAGUGAAGGAUGUUAAGAGCCAGCAAUCUUCUAUCCAGAGUUCUCAAGGAGGGAUAACACAAACAAUCUCCAACCUUGAGGCUCAAUUUCAAGACUUAUCAAACAAAACAGAAAAGCUGUCACAUCCAGCUGAUAAACUCCAAACUACUAAACUCAUGGAAGGACAACAGAUCUUACGUGAUGAGCUGUUGAGGGUUGCAGAUGCUGUUGACAUCUUGAAUGAUACAACAUUGCCAGUUGUAUUGAAAGUUAAUGAGGCAUUACCUCUUCUGGAGAACAUUAAUGGAAAUACAAGCUGGACUGUAGAAGACUUGAGUAAAUCCCAUUCUGAAAUAAAGAAACUGAAGGACUACAUAUACAACAACAUCACUGGUCAGAUAUUGGUCCUUGCAUCUAAACAGAGAACAAUAGAAAUCACUCUGGAACAGCUGAGAGUUCCUCAAUUGGAUCAAAAUGUUAUACAGCACAUUGUGAAGGUUUCAGUUGACCAAGCUGUUGGUGACAUGUUAAAUAACACCCUGUCUGUUGGAGCUUCAAGCAACACCAACGUUACAUUUCUAGAAAUGUUGAAGCAAGCCCAAGAUAUGGUUCACAUGUAUUUAGAACUGAUUCAGCAGUUGAAAGGCCCUAUGGACAGCCAACAGUUGAUCCAGUAUGGCAAUGCCACAGAUAUUGUAGACCACCUACUUAAUUUAACCUUAAGCAGCUUGCUACAGGAUCACAAAGAAGAGCUGAAGAUACUACAAGACAGUUGCGACCAUCUGUUAACCCAGUAUUCUCAGUUAGAAACUGCUCAGGCAGCUACAGAUCAUAAAGCAGAUACAGCUCUACAAAAGCUUCACUAUUUAGAGAACCUGCAACGAAUUAACCAGAAUUUAAAAGAAAUUACUACAAGUAGCAGCCAUAUGACAUCACUAACUUCUGAAGAAAUUCAAGGUUCAAGAAAAACAGAUGCUCAGACCAAACCAACAGAAAAAAGAACAAGCAAAUGAAGACAUGCAGCUUCAGAAGACGUAUCCAUCCACCUAAAUCAUAAACUGUUUAGUUUUUACUUCCCCACAAAAAAAAACUUGCGUUCAUAGAUAUCUAACUUUUCAAUUUUAUUGUAAUCAUGUAAACAUAUUUUUAAACCUCAUAAGACUUUAGUUAAUGUAUUUACUGAAGAUUCUUUCCUGUGGAAAAUAUUGAGUUUUAAGUUUAUAUUCUAGACUUAAAAAGGAGUACUAUGCUCAUAUAUGUGGUAAAGGAAGAGGGAAUGAUGAGAAAUUGUUUUUCAUUACUAGUUGUGAGUUUGACAUGUGUGCCAUGUAUGAUAGAUGAAUUUAUUUCAAAAUUAAACUUUCAAGUUUUUUUUUUUUGGUCCGAAAUCAUUGUAUGAUGUUAGAGUAACCUUGUAAAACAUUAAAUGUAAUAGUCUAGUACAUGUUAGAGGGGUUUCUGUCUUAAGUAUUUGUUGUUGGUGGAAUAUUUACCAUAACUAAUGCACAGCUCUUACAUACAAUGUUUGAGAUUCAAUGUUCCAUUGGGUGCUCGUUGGUUCUGUGGUAGAGCUCUUGAUUUUAGAGCUGACAAGACUUGAUCAAAUCCACAUGAUACCACAAGAUAUUCUCAACACUUUAAGCUGUGUUGCAUUAUAAGAGUGACAGUCAAUUUCUUUGCAGGGGUGGUUGGAGUAUACUCCCUGGCUGUCUUCCUUCUGGCCACUAGUUUCAAAUUAGGAACAGUAGCAGAUAGCCUUAGAAGCUUUGGAAUAAAUACAAAUUAUGAUAUAAUUUUGUGAACAAAUAUGAUUUGGAAACAUUUACUCUUUCGUUUUAAAGAUUAAUUUUUCAGCUAAGUUUUUCUUUUAAAGAUACUUAUCCAUCACAUUAUUGAAAAUCUCUUAACUGUGGUAUUCACCGUGAACUCAAUACUGUAACUCAUCUACUUGAAUUUGAACGUGACUUUCUGGAUUUAUUAUUUUCAUCAAAGACUUUUUGGUUUAUUAUGUUUGAGAGAUUUCAUGUAUUAUUCUUUUUGUUUUAGUAUCUUUGAUUGGUUGUACAUCAGAAGUGUGUUUUUAGGAAUUCCUUGUGUUGAGAACCAGAUUUAAGCUUGUGGAUUUCAUUGAUUUUUUUAAGAGAGCCAACUCAUGCAAAAUUGCCUUACAUGGACUACUUAAACUUAAAGAUUGUUCAUUAAUGUGACAAUUCAUAUAUCUUUUGUGAUUACGGAUCCCAUAAUUUUGUGUUGAAGUUCUCCAUCUAGAUUGGUUAUUGCACCUCAAGUCAGUUUAGUGUAGACAUACCUUGGUUAAAUUGUCCAAUAUCAACACCAGUACAUUGUGCCAUCCUUACUUACCUUUACUUUAUUAGGGUGUGUGUUUUCUUGAUGGGCUUAAACAUAAGAUGUGAUCUUAAUGAGAAGGAUGCCUAUAUUAGAAAGUCAUGCUAUUUUACUCAUACAGAUAAUAAAAACAAAGCUGUCUAAUUAACAAGUUCAGUUAUUUUCUUGUACUUUAGUUCUCAAUUCAGAAGACAGUCAAAUCAAGAAGUCAUUGUUUUUUAUGGUUUAAGAUAUUGCGCCUCUGAAAGAAGCCAGGUUGUUUAAGAAGUUUUGUGCUUUGCCAAUCAAUUUAAAAGAACCAUUUUGCAGUAAUAAGAGCAGAUUGAUUAUAAAGUUAUGGUACAUCUUUUCUACGGUCUAUAUUAAAGAUGAGAGAAUUAGAUCAUUUGUAUAAAAAGACCUGCAUAACCAAAAAAGGUGUUUGGUAUGAAUCUUCUAAAUGAUGCCUUCUGUGGAAAGACUAGAUGAAUAAGAGGAUCGACUUUCAAUGUAAAUCCCUCUUAACUCUAACAUGGAAAGGAUAGAAAGUUUGUAAGAAGUAGCUCUACUCUUUAGUUUGUGCUAAGAUUCUUCUGUAAAUGAGACUAGUUAGAACAAAAACUUGUGAUAUUUUCCUGUGAAAUUAAUGCUGUACUUUGUUAAUGAGGAUUAAGAUCACCAAAUUGAAAGAUUGUAUUAUGUUCGAGAUGUUGGUUCUGUAUGUAAAGAAAUGCCAGAAGUUUCUGCUUAAGUAUAAAAAAAGAAAUGGUGAGAACUUCUGCUUUAGAUAAUGUCAUCCUCACACUUGUAUACAAUACAAACAUCAAUUAAGUAUUACAACACUUCUUUGUUAAGCCUAAAAUAAUGUAUCCUCACUUGUAUACAAUACAAAGAUUAAGUAUUGCAACACUUCUGUGUUAAGCCUAAAAUAAUGUAUCCUCACUUGUAUACAAUACAAAGAUUAAGGAUUGCAACACUUUUGUGUUAAGCCUAAAAUAAUGUAUCUUCACACUUGUAUACGAUACAAACAAAAAUUAAGGAUUGCAGCACUCCUGUGUUCAGCCUAAAAUAAUGUAUCCUCACACUUGUAUACAAUACAAACAAAGUUUAAGUAUUGCAACACUCCUGUGUUAAGCAUAAAAUAUAUGGCAGUAUGCUCAGGCAGCUAAAACUUUGUCAUCAAGGUGACAGAAAAAAAAAAAUCGAUGUUAGCUAUGUUUGUGCAGAAUGUUCUUUAAA